AUGGUUUGCUUGGCUAGGUCCAUUUUUCCAAACUCGACUACCGAUCAAUAUGCUCUUCUUGCCUUCAGAUCCCAUAUCACUUAUGAACCUGAAGAUGUAUUAGCUAAUAAUUGGUCUACCACUACCUCAGUUUGCAAUUGGGUCGGUGUCUCCUGUGGUCUUGUCCACCAGAGGGUCACAGCCUUGAAUCUCUCUCGUGUGGGUCUCCAAGGCACAAUUGCUCCACAUCUUGGAAAUCUCUCAUUCCUGGCAUCACUUGAUAUCAGUUAUAACAAUCUCAACGGGUAUAUACCCGAAGAGUUGGCUCAUUUGCGUCGAUUAAAAGAAAUCAAUUUGGGAUACAACAAUUUCAGUGGAGGGAUACCAUCAUGGUUUGGGAUUUUACAAAAACUCCAUAAGUUGAUAUUGUAUAACAAUAGUUUCACAGGUACUGUCCCAAAAUCACUAUGCAACAUCUCGAAGCUUCAUAUAUUGGAUAUCUCAAACAAUUCUUUACAUGGAAAUAUUCCGGAAGAGAUUGGUAAUCUUUCUAAACUGGAAGUAUUACGCUUGCAUUUUAACAAGCUCACAGGUUCCAUACCAUCUUCCAUCUUCAACAUUUCUUCUUUGAGAAAGAUUAGUUUGGCAAGCAAUAGUCUAUCCGGAAGUUUGCCACUAGAUAUGUGCAACAAUCUUCCUAAGCUUGAAGGAUUUUCUGUUUCUUGGAAUCAGCUUAGCGGGCAAAUUCCAUCCAAUUUAUACAAAUGCCGGGAGCUCCAAUUUUUAUCAUUAUCGGUCAAUGACUUCAAUGGCAGGAUACCUAAGGAAAUUGGCAACCUAACCAUGCUCAAGGCGUUAUAUCUUGGUAUAAACAACUUGAAAGGUGUAAUUCCAUCAGAGAUAGCUAAUCUUCAACAUCUGGAACUAAUUAACUUGAGGAGUAGCUCUCUAACAGGAACCAUCCCAUCUUCUAUCCUCAACAUGUCAUCAUUGCAAUUUAUAAGCUUCAAUAACAAUACACUAUCUGGAAGCCUCCCAGCGACCAUUCAUUAUAACCUUCCCUUUCUUAGAGAGCUAGAUCUUACUUCAAAUCAACUCAUAGGUCAAAUUCCAUCCGGCUUAUGGAAAUGCAGAGGGCUUCAAUGGUUAUCACUCACCGGUAACAAAUUCACCGGUAGCAUAUCCAAGAAAAUUGGGAACCUUACUUCAAUCAAAAACCUGUAUCUUGAUCAAAACUACUUGACAGGUACUUUACCAGAUGAGAUUGGCAACCUUAAUCUCGAGUUACUCACUGUCUAUGGGAACACUUUGACUGGCACCAUUUCGUUCAAAAUAUUUAAUGUGUCAACAAUGAAACUCCUUUACCUGUCAAACAAUAACCUCUCAGGCCAUCUUCCUUUGGACAUGGGGGUUAGGCUUUCUAAUCUUGAAUACCUUCAUCUGGGUCGCAAUAAACUCGGUGGAAAAAUCCCAAACUCUAUCUCGAAUGCUUCUCGGCUAAUCGAGAUUGACAUGUCCUAUAAUUCAUUCACUGGAUGUAUACCCAAUACGCUUGGUAGUUUAAGAUUCUUGCAGGUUCUCUUCGUUGGUUCAAAUAGUUUGACUGGAGAAUCUUCUACCCCGGAAUUGAGACUUUUCUCUUCUUUGAUGAAUUGCAGACAAUUGAAGAAAUUGAGCUUAUCAUUAAAUCCCCUAAACAGCAUACUUCCAAAUUCAUUGGGAAAUUUGUCUUCCUCGCUUCAAAUCUUUGAUGCAUCUGGAUGCCAACUCAAGGGCAACAUCCCAACUAGAAUCGGAAAUUUUAGCAACUUGUACGACAUAAACUUAGGAAGCAACCAACUGGCUGGACCUAUCCCAAAAACAAUAGGGGCGUUACAAAAUCUCCAACGUUUAUCUCUUCAAAAUAAUAGAUUGCAUGGAUACAUUCCUGAUGAUAUUUGUCGGUUAAGGAGAUUGGGGAACUUAUACUUAAGUGAUAAUAAGCUACAUGGACAGAUCCCUACGUGCUUGGGUGAGCUUAAGUCUCUAAGAUGGCUCGAUCUUGACUCCAACAAAUUGUCUUCCAUAAUACCAUCAAACUUGUGGAGCCUUGAAGAUCUACUGGGUAUCAACUUAUCCUCAAACUUUCUAAGAGGUCAUCUACCAUUAGAAAUUGGAAAUUUGGAAGUUAUAGGAUCUAUAGACUUGUCAAGGAAUCACUUAUCGGGUACAAUCCCCAGCACCAUCGGAGGAGCUCAGUCAUUAGUUUCUCUCUCCUUGGCCCACAAUAAAAUGCAAGGACCUAUUCCUCAAUCGUUGGGCAACUUGAUAAGCUUGGAGUUGUUAGAUCUAUCGAGUAAGAAUUUUUCUGGAGUUAUUCCCAAAUCCUUGGAGGCACUCAGGUAUCUCCAAUAUUUCAAUGUGUCUUUCAAUAGACUGAAAGGAGAAAUUCCUACGGGAGGACAUUUUGCCAACUUUACAACCAAGUCAUUUUGGCAUAAUGAUGCAUUGUGUGGUGUACCAAGAUUGCAAGUUCCCCCGUGCAAAACCAACAAGAAUCCGCAAUUUGCUAGUCUGAAAUAUGUUUUACCCCCUGUUGCAUUAGCAAUUCUUGUUGUGGCCCUUGUAUUUUUGUUGAUGGGACGCCGAAACCAGAGUAUCAAAUUAAAGACCCAAGCAGAUUUGCCUUCUCUUGCAUGGAGGAGGGUUUCGUAUGAGGAACUUCUACAAGCAACAGAAGCAUUUAGUGAUACAAACCUAAUCGGCAUGGGGAGUUAUGGUUCAGUAUAUAAAGGAGUGCUCUUGGAUGGGAUGAGUAUUGCGGUAAAGGUUUUCAAUUUGCAACUAGAAAGAGCUUUCAAGAGUUUUGAUGUCGAGUGUGAACUAAUGCGCAACAUUCGUCAUCGAAAUCUAAUUAAAAUUAUCAGCAGUUGCACUAACCUGGAUUUCAAAGCCUUGAUACUAGAGUACAUGCCUAAUGGGAGCCUUGAGAAGUGGUUGUAUUCUCACAACUGUUGCUUGGAUAUCCUCCAACGAUUAAAUAUCAUGAUAUAUGUUGCAUCAGCCUUAGAAUAUCUACAUCAUGGCCAUACAACACCCAUUGUUCACUGUGAUUUGAAGCCCAGCAAUGUCCUCCUCGAUGAAGACAUGGUUGCACAUGUUGCUGAUUUUGGAAUUGCAAAACUCUUAAGUGAAGGGGAUCUUAUGGUACAAACCAUGACCUUGGCAACAAUUGGAUAUAUGGCACCAGAAUAUGGAACGGGAGGAAUAGUAUCUACAAGAGGUGACGUCUAUAGUUACGGUGUUUUGUUGCUGGAAACAUUCACAAGGAAGAAGCCAACAGAAGAAAUGUUUGCUGGGGAGAUGAGCUUGAAGUGUUGGGUGAAUGAAGCAUUAAUGGAUGGUUCAAUCAUUGGAGUUGUGGACUAUAAUUUGAUGGGAAGAGGAGAAGAAGAUUUCUCUGUGAAGGAGCAAUGUGUAUCAUCUAUCUUGGGUUUGGCUAUGGAAUGUUUAAAUGAUUCACUUGAGGAAAGGAUCAACGUCGAAGAAGUUUUGGUUAGACUCAAAAAGGUUAAGGUUUCCUAUCUAGCAAAUACUGGUAGGACUAUAAUUUAAAAGCAAUCAAGAUUAUUAUGUAUCAUGUUUAGUAAUAUUAUGUACUUUCCACAUU